AAGGAGGCGUGGUUGUCAUCAAGUUGCCGGGCCGAGCGAUUCAGCGAUUCUGCCGGUUGAUUCGGAGAUCCACCCAGGCACGUUGACUGCAAAAUCACGGCCCUUUUGCCGAGACCUCUUGGUCCAAUGUUCGCCUCAACUAAAUCUUGAUUUUUUUUAAACCAAAUUUGAAUUAUUUAAGCCCUUGAGUUACUGUACUCCCAGUGUGCCCUUGCUGAGCUGAAUGAUAUCACCCACUCCUCCAGGAUGAAGGUCUCUUGUUUAUGUGCAGUCUUGCUGUGGACCUGCUGGCAAUUCAACAGCCCAGUAACAGCUUCCUCGGCUGCUGUUGAUGCCUCGAGGGGCGGUGAUCCUCAAACAUAUCUACAGGCAGAAGCGUCUAGGUUUACCAGGCAGCUUGACCAAGCUGCGAUGGGAGAACAUGGAAGAUUUCAGAGGUCAUUGAAUGGUCUGCAGAGGCACAGGGUGAGGAGAAGCAGUGGCUCUGAUUUCAGGCACGGCUUCUAUCCAGCAACAGGGGUUGGAAACCGAGAAGAUUUUGAGCUUUCAUCCGUGGACCUGAUUUCCAACACGUCCGCUGUGAACAGUACCGUCAUUGAGUGGGGCUACAUCGAGGUGGGCGUUAACGAGACCAUUGUGACGGCCAGCACCGACGAAGGCUUGCAGGUCUUCCAGCUUGAUCUACAGGAACCCAAUCAGAAGCUGUCCAGGAUCAAAACCUUCCCAAAUGUGUUAUCAUCCGUACUCUUCUCUCGGCACAGCUGGCAGGCAGGACACAUCGUCAGGACUAAACAGUAUCUAACGGUUUACGAUUCCCGCCACUUCCUGAGUCACUACUCACUGGAGAAAGGCAACAACAUUACGCUCCAGGACUCCGUUGAUUUGGGCCCCGUAUCCGUAAUCGACCUUCACCAUUUUGACUUUGGCAUGGUCACCUAUGUAGCAGCACUGACAUCAAAUGGAUUUGUAAGGCUGUAUAGAUGGAGCAGCAGAUAUUGCAAGUUCUCGGUGGCAGAGGAUUUGACAGUUCCACUGGGAGUGUCCAACCUGCAAGCAUUCCAUAUAUCGGGCAGACACUACCUUCUGGUCUCAAUCUAUAAUUACUACUCAACAAUCUUCAAGUAUCACAGCCGGCAGAGUUCCUUCAGGUCUUAUCAACGAUUAUACCCCGAUGGGGCAAAGCAUGCCACCCACUUCACGGAUGCCUACAACCACUAUCUUGUGUUUAUUGAUGCCUUGGGUCUGUCCUCCACCUUCUUCAAGUGGAAUGGGGUUGAGUUUGAAGAAAUGCAAGUCAUCAGCACGGUCGGAGCCAAUCACUGGCAUGCCGUACCCAUCCCCGGGACGCAAGAUGGCGCCCUACUCAUUCUCUCGUCGGACGGCAAGACUCCCGGGGCGUUACCUCUCACGGCAUACAAGCACGACCCGGUAACGGACACCUUCCUGAGCCAUAUGUCCGUCAAUGAGCUGCUGAACCCUCCAGAACUUCACAAUGCCACGAGUACACUCUCCUUUGACGUUGGCUCAGAUAUCUACCUCCUUGUCGGCUUCUCCAAGUCUCUCGCCUCCAAGGACCCUGGUGAUCUCUUCAAGAUGAACUUCUUAUAUACAGAAACGGAUGACCCCAUCGUUGCGGAGAAUCAACAACUGGAGGACAUGAUAGAGGCACUAAAGAACAAGACUAGCUAUCUGAACGAGUCGCUGUCAAAAGCUGAAGAAGCGAUUGCUGGCAGCGUAACAAAGGACGGCAACCAACGCAUCAACGGCACCAAGACGUUUACAGAAGUUGACCUCCGAAAGGCUCUGGUUGAACGGAUUGACGUGGAGGAUGCUUUUAUCUUUGCUCCGAGACCAACGGGUAAUGAAAGCCUGGGACAUCUCGUGAACCAGUCAUAUGCUCAGCGGGAACAGAUCGAAGAGUUUCUCGACUUCCUCACUGAUGUGGUGACAUUGGGCACCGACCAGAACAUCACUGGAGCUAAGAAUAUUACCAGUGUGACCGUACAAGGUGCUCUUAACUCCACGGUGUUCAGUACAGAACUCUUUGAUGACGUGGACAUUGAUAAGCUGAACAGAGAAGCUUUCAGGUUGGACAUGCCAAACCAAGUCAUCAACGGAGAGCUCACCUUCAGUGGCAACUUGUCGUCAACAAAGAGCAUUGAUCUGGAUGACAGCUAUCUGGUUAAUGGCUUGGAUCUGUCGGAGGACGUCGUUGUGACAGUUGGUUCUCAAACAAUCACAGGAACGAAGACUUUUCAACAGGACACGAGUAUACAGAAUGACAUGGUCCUAAACCCGGGGGUCCUUCUCAAUAACAUCGACCCAUCUGAUCAACUCGUUACUUUGACUGGACCUCAUAUCAUAGCAGGUGAGCUGAAUUUCACGGAUGUCAUUCAUAUUGACGGCGACAUCAUCACUAGUGGGACCAUAGACGGCGUGGAUGUCAGCAGCCUGUGCGACGACGUCCUGACCAUAUCAACCGACCAAACCGUCCCAGGCAACAUUUCAUUCCAGCAAGCUCCAGUGUUUGACACAGAUGUGGUGUACGGCGGUCUACUGAGGCAAGUCAACAUAACACGCCUUGAUGACGAGGCUGUGAAGAUCAAUGAAGACACCAAUAUUACGGGAGCUAAGACCUUCAUGGACGAUAUCUCAGUGACAGGAGAUGUGAUUGUAGAUGGCCUGGUCAGUAACAUAGAUCUCAAGGAGGACGUGGUGCAGUUGGCAGUGGGCGGUAGGUUGUCCGGUUCGAGGGUGUUUAGUGGACUUGUCGAGAUGGCCGGUGUAGUGACCGUCACCGGCACGGUGAAUGGGUUAGACCUGUCUCAGGAUGUAGUCACACUUUAUGGUGACCACACUAUUCAGGGGAAGAAGACCUUUUCAGAAGGCAUUACGGCAAAUAAGAACAUCAACGUAACGGGCACGGUAGACACGGUGGAUUUAUCGGAGUGGGCUGCUAAUGUCAUGACGUUGUCCACUGAUCAGACUGUGCAGGGUCCGCUGGCUUUCACUGACGACACCAACAUGGGAGGUAACCUAACCGUUGCCGGUCUCAUCAACGGCAUUGACUUGCUGGCCAUGUACAAGGAUACGUUCUUCAAAACGUCCGACAAAGUGCAAAUUAUCAGCGGCAACAAGACGUUCACAAAGCCUGUCAAUGUCACAACGGGUCACAUUGUCUUUGAGGGACUCAUCAACGGACGAAACAUGACCGAGGACUACCUCAACAAGUUCUCUGACCAGAAUGUGACAGGGCAUAAAACCUUUGUGGAUGGUUUCUCGGCCGACGCUGACCUCAACGUGUCUGGGCUGAUUGCCGGUAUUGACCUGCUAGCGCUGUACGCCAACUCGCUCAUCCGAGGCAGAGAGGCACAUCUCAGAGGGGAAAGGACUUUUCUGGGAAACGUCAAAGUUGAAGGUGUAGUCAACGUCACUGGGACAGUCGACGGAAUCAAAAUGUCCACCAACGUUCUGACGAUAAACGGAAAUCAAAUUGUCACAGGUUCAAAGACUUUUCAGCAACUGAAGGCUCACAACAUGUCUAGUGUCAACAUGAUCGCUCAAGUCUCGGUUAACCAGAGGAACUGGACUGACUUUGUGCUGAGCAGGGUGGACCUUACAUCCAAUCAGGACAUUUCUGCAAAUCAUAGUUUCACUGCGGACAACGUGACUGCCAACGAUGUUGAGAUCAAGUGGCAUGUCAAUGGUAUCAACCUGACGGCGGUCCUGGAAGACAUCAUGAGAAAGAGUGUGGUACAGACAGUGACUGGAAGCAAGACUAUACCUGGCACUGUUAUAGUUCACGGCAACGUUUCCCUGAGUGAUCACAUUAAUGGCAUCCUACUCGGUGACUUUGCAUCCAGGGCUUUUCUCCUCAGUGGACUUCCACAGACAGUAACAGGCAGGAAAACGUUUGACAAUGCGACAGCCUUUUCAAGCCACUUACUGGUGACGGGAUUGGUGGAUGGCAUCGAUCUGGAUUUCUUCAUGUCCGACAUCCUACAUCCAGACAACUUGCGGAAAAUUCUGGGAACAAAGACCUUUCUGAAUGGCUUCCGUGCCCAGACUGACGUCGCAGUGACCGGGAAUGUUGAUGGUGUGGAUCUCAGUGAGGACGUCAUGACGACCAAUACCUCACAAAAUGUAUCAGGUACUUACACCAUGACGUUCCUUGGUUCCACGGAUCCAGACAGCCUGGUAACCGGACUCAUCAAUGGCAUCGACCUGGUCUAUCUCAAUAACACCAUCCUAAAGAGACAGGAGGACCAGACUGUCAACGCACCACUGGUGUUUACAGAAAAUCUGACCUCUAUGACCGACGUCACGGUCACCGGCCUCGUGGAUGGCGAGGAUCUGUCAGAGCUCCUCUUCAGGGCCAUCAUGCUGAACGAUCCCUUCAACGUCACGGGCAAUCUGACCUUUACCGAGGGCGUGACCUUUGAGGGCCCACUGAACACGACGGGGCUGAUCUUUGGCAAGAACCUCUCGGCCUGGUACCAAGACGUGGUCUUGUUGAACACAGAUGAGGUGGUGCUGGGUAACAAGACUUUCAUCAGCGAUGUUGACGUCUCUCCUGCGCUGUCUGUGACAGAUGAGAUGGAGGCAGAUACUGUGUUUGGUCAAAACUUUGACAAUUUUGUAGCUGACGCUGUGAACCUGACCAGCAAUGUCACAAUCACAGGAGCGAAGACCUUUUUAGGUGAUGUACAAGCUCAGGCUGAUGUCUCAGUAGACGGCACCGUGGAUGGCAUCCGCAUUGAGGACGUUGUCACUAAAGACGGCGAUCAAGUCAUCACUGGCGUCAAAACAUUCACCAAGACAAUCGAUGUCAACGGACACAUCAACAUAACAGGGUUAGUAAAUGGCGUCAACAUCUCUGACCUCUACGAGAGAACCUUCAAGCUGGACAGCCCCCAGAACGUGACGGCCGUCAAGAAAUUUACGCAGGACCUCGAGGUGACAGACGACGUUAUCAUCACCGGAUCGGUGGACGGCAUAGACUUGAGUGAAGAGGCGGUGCCCCUCGGUACAGACCAGACCAUAGAGGGCGAUAUUUCCUUCACCACCAACGUGACCGUGAACGGGAACAUGACAGUAGGAGGAUAUGUUGAUGGUGUAAACCUGACUCACCUCGUAACAGAGCGAGCAACCCUGUCAGGCGACGAAAACGUCCGCAGCGAUCUGACCUUCCUAGGUCAUGUGACCUUCAGGGGAAAUGUGACCGUCAGAGACCUGUUUGACGGUGUCCCAUUGCAGACGCUGUGGGAUCUCCAUGAACACUUGCUGAAGUGGAUCAGAGUGGACAUAGAGAACUUACUGCUGAUCUCUGCAGAUCAGUGUCAUGACGUUAAGCUGUUGCAAUGGGCUUAUGCACACACCGUGGAAAUGCUGGCUCACGUCUCCCAGAUCCAGGAGGUUGAGAUUCAGAUCCAGAGUUUUGAGUCGUUUGUGCUGGACGACGUCACCCACCUAGCAUUGGCCGUCCACUCCAACACUGUCGACCAUCUCUGUGUGGAUAGCUACGUCUAUGCCUGGGAUGCAGACACUGACAAAUUCGUCCAGAAAGCCUCCUUCGCAACUAACGGCGCAUACAACUGGCAUGCCUUCGAGAGACGGGAAACAGUCUACCUUGCUGUGGCAAACGAAGGCACCAACCCUUGCAAUGGAGAUGCGAGUGUCAACAACACCAUCUAUUACUACAACGGCAGCCAAUUUCUGGAGUACCAAGACCUGGUGUCUGAGGAGUCACGAGAGAUCGACACGACGGUCAUCAACGAUGACCUGUACCUGGCCGUAGCCAACACCAAGACCAGUGCUCUGUCCUAUCUCUACCUGCUGGCUGCUGACGGGCUGUUCUAUGAAGCGCAGAACUUCAGCAUCGGAGGUGCGACAUCCGUUGAGUUCUUGCAAGCUGGCAACACAACGUUCCUUGUGUUCGCAGCUGUCAGCCCGACGCAGAGCCCCAUUUACAUAUUCAACAACCAGAGUGGCCAGUUUGAUUUUCAUCAGUACGUAUCCACCAGCUACGCGACUGCUGUGGACGGGUUCAUGUUCCGCCAUGAAGCUGGAUUGGCGUUUGCCAACCAUGCAGAGCUGUUCGAUAACAACAAGAUUUCAUGGGAUGUGCCAAUUGAGGUGUAUUUUUUGUCAAGGACGUCGGGGGAGUUUGAGCUGCAUGAGCUGGUUGACUUCACUGCAGCGGUGGAUGUUAAGAUGUUUCACAUCGGUCCUGAUCUUUACAUGGCUGCUGUCAGCGAGUAUGAAGAGCUGCAGAUAUUAAAAUAUGAAGGCUUUGUCGGUUUCAGUCCUGUCGUCACCCUAGCAAGUUAUGGCGUCGUAUCCGUUGAGGUCUUUGAACUGAUUGGUGCGUCGAGCUACGAGAACCUCUUCUUCGCAAUCGGUAUCGAUCCGGUCACCACCGACGACGUUUACUCGCGAAUACUGGCAGAAAAAGUCAUUGGUCAGACAGUGAUGUUUAAAAUCUUACCAUGUCCCGUUGUCGUGGAGGAGUCCUUCCAUGGGGAUCCCAGUCUGCUGGAUAGGCCCCUCGAUGACUGAUUCCAAGAAGUCCGGUAACUAGACCUCAGGACCCAACUUGGAAUUUAUUCACGACCAAAUAGGAAUCUUUUUGUCUCCAAAUGAAUGGAUUGAAGACUAACAAAGUUGUUUUAACCCAAAGGCAUUUGUGGUCACAAGAGAGGCACAAUCCAGUAAAUGAGAAUGAAUUAAUGCAAAAUUUAAAUUUAUGAAAAAAAAAUGAAUAUAAAUUAAAUAAAUAAAUGUGAAUUGACUGUGAUGGGUUUUGUAACAAACCUUAAUACUACACUGAAAUUUCCCAAAAUAUAAAAAAUAAUAUAGUACCGUAAAUAUGAUGUUUCAUGCGACACCAUACCCAAAAGUAGUGCACUGAUAGGGUAGAUUCAUACAUCAGAAACUGUUUAAGGCAAAUUUUCCUCUGCAGAUUUGCAAAAGUUGAACACAUUUCAAUUCAAUGCAUGCAAAUUCGCCUUUGAGUUGGCGUGAAGUAUAAAAUGGCCUUAAUAGUUGUAAUGGUGGUUAUGGGAUAUAGGUGACGAUAGAUUUUCUUACCGAUUUUUGAUAAUGUUGAUGUACAAAAACUGGCCAGUCAAGAUUUUAAUACGAAUAAUUCAAUGAAUAAUAAUAAUAAUAAUCAAAAUAAUGAUCAAUUUGUCAGCUUUUAUAUUUAUAGAUCAAAUCAACAUUUUAAUAUAGAAAGUAAAAAUGCAAUUCAAUUGCGGAAAAAAAUAUUUAAAAACGCUAAAAGUAUUUAUGAAUGCACUGAUAUUGAAAUGUUCGGUAUUUUUGUGUGCACUUAAUUUAAUAUAUUUUGGGCACUAAAUGUUUGAGAUUGACAGCGGUUUGAGUAGCAUGGGGAAUCUUGUUUGAAAUUUGUUUAAAAAAUAAUUUCUCAAAAUUAUAAAGAUAAUGUUCAUUAUUUGAUUAAAUGUUGUUUCAGCACUAUUCUAGAAUAAUUUGGUAUCACUUUUAAGUAUAUCCAAUAGAUAAUAUUAAAGUGUUUCUCUAUGUUGUGUGGUCUUCACAAUUUUUGAUGUUAGUGCAAAUUUGUAAUUUAGUGAUUUUGGGCUUCUAAAUUUGAAAAAUCGAGUAAAUAAUCACAUAAAAUGUUUAACACCACAUAUUUUCGUGUCAUAAUUAAAUUUUGAUGGUUUUUCUAUAUCAGGCACUUGUCACCAGUAGAGCAGAGUAUUAUUCUACUGUCUAUUUUGAGAAAGUGUGGAUUUGUAUCGAGAUCAAUUAAAUUUCAUUUAACGAUUAACUUGCCACCAAA